CCUUUGAAAUGGCUCUUGAAACUUGGUUGAUCAAAGUGAAAAGAACUAUAUCCAAACAUCCAAACCAUAAAUCCAACGUUGGCGUAUUAUCCUUUGAGAUUGCUAGCCUUAUGACAAAGCUUCUCCAUCUUUGGAACUCACUUUCAGACAGGGCCAUAAUCCGACUUCGUAAUGAAUCGAUACGCUUCGAAGGUGUCACAAAGCUCGUCUCCAACAACGAGCUUUUCCUUUUGAAGCUAUCGUGUGCCGAACUAGCCGAAAACAUCAACCUGGUAGCCAAGUCCAUUUCAAGGCUAAGCAGCCAAUGCCAAGACGCCAAGCUUCGGUGUUUCGACCAAUGUUUCGAUUCAUUCGCCGAUUCAGGUCAUGAUUUUCAUCUCUGGGCCUUGAGUUCCAAUGACAUGGAAGCUAAGAACAAGAAGAUGGCAACGUUGAUAGCCAUUACAGCAGCUUUAUAUAAAGAAAUGGAAGAAUUAUCCACAAUGGAGAACAAUUUGAGAAAGUGUAACUGUUUCUCCAUGAAAGACCAGCAAAGGCUUUACUGUCAAAGACAAGAGGUUAAGCAUUUGAAACAAAAAUCCUUAUGGAACACAACAUUCGACAACGUUGUUUCCAUCCUUGUAAGAUCGGUUUUCACCAUUUUAGCAAGGUUCAAGCUAGUUUUCGGGCUCGGUUUUUACAAAUCAAACUCAAAUUUCUUGAAACCCCCUCUGGAUACAUUAGGUGCUUCAGCUUUAGCCUUACAUUAUGCAAAUCUAAUCAUUACAUUAGAGAAAAUGAUAAGAUCACCACAUUUAAUAGGCUUGGAUACAAGGGAUGAGCUUUAUUCAAUAUUACCAAGCACCAUUAGGUCAUCAUUAAGGGGUAGAUUAAAAGGAAUAUUAGGGUUCAUAGCAAAUGACCCAUUGCUUGCUGUUGAAUGGAGAUCAGCUAUGGGGAAGAUAUUGAGCUGGUUAUCACCAUUAGCACAUAAUAUGAUCAAAUGGCAAAAUGAAAGGAGCUUUGAGCAUUGGGAUUUCAAUUUGUUGCCUAAAACAAAUGUUCUUCUUUUAGAAACCCUUUUCUUUGCAAAUAAAGAGAAAGCUGAAGCUGCCAUUACUGAACUAUUGGUGGGUUUGAAUUAUAUUUGGAGAUUUGAAAGAGAAAUGACAGCCAAGGCCUUGUUUGAAUGUAGCAAAAUAGUUUAAUGGGGAUUUAAUGGUAUUGUGUUGUUGUUUUUUGGGGGUUUUGAUUUUGAUUUUCUGCCAAUUUUCGUAAUUUUAGACUUGAAACAAGUUUUGUGUAAAUUACAUGAAUUAUGUAUAUAGUCAUGUGAAAAUAUUCCUUUUGUUUUGAUGUUGAACAAUGGACAUAUUAUCUGCUUUUGUUGUUAUUAGAACAAAAAUACUGGAUCCAGACUCAUUAGUCUAUAGUGUAGUUUAAUUAUUUCAUUAAUGAAUUUUACAAAAUGUUGUUUUGAUUAGAUGGGGACUAAAAUUUUAAUUUGGUAAAAUUGAUAUUUGAGUCUUACCUUGAAUUUUUUUAAGAUUUUAUUUUAAUUAGAUAGCUUGAUUUGAAUUAAUCAUUUAAUUAUUAAUUUUGUACUUAUAAUCACUAAUGUUAUAAUAAUAAUAAUAAUAAAACUAAAAAACUUGUAAAACACCGGGUUUAUUCAUUGUAAAUUGCCCAUUUCUCGAAACUCACUUUUAUUGAGAUUUUAUUUUGAUCUUUAAUUUCAAAAUUUUAGUUGAGUUUUAAAAUACUAAUAUUAUAUUAAUCACAUUUUUUUCAUUGAUGAAACUAUUAAUUUAGGUGUCAAAUUGACAAAUUUAAUCUGAUGCAGAACACAUUUAAAGCAUGUGCAUUAGAUUGUAAACACGUGUAUUAACUAAUAGACAACCUGAAUAUAAUGUGUUAAAAAAAAACGAUUUUAAUACAAUUUAAGAAAGCUAUAUUUUUAACACAUCAAGUUCAUUAGACGGAGCUAAAAUCUAAAUUGAGCUAGCAUUUAACUCUCAAGCUCACAAAAAAAAUAAAGAUUGAUACUAAUAAAAACUCGAUUAGAAUAUUCUGAUGUUCGAAAAUUAAUUUAAGAUCUAGGUCAUAGUUUUGAAAAUAUUAGCUACAAUUAACCAUUUCUUUUCAUAAUAUAAUUUUUAACCCCUGAACUUUGCAACUAAAUCCACUUUAAUUACUUUUUCUUUUUUUUUUUUACUUUAGUAUCUAAAUUUGACAACAAUAUUAAAGUGUCACAUAUAAUAUUCUAAUAACUAAAUCAAUGGUUGAACCGAUUAGACCACUGGUUCCCAAUACAAUUGGUUUGUUACCAAUAAUAACUAAAUAAUUAAUUAAAGAUUCAUAAAAAUUUAAAAAACAUAAAAAAUUCAUUAAACCAGUUCAACAUAUUCAACUAUUGGUUUUUUUCUCAGUUUCCAAUUUUACCGGUUUUGAGCAAUUUAUUAUUCAACUGGUUCAACCCUUUGCUUGGACCAGUAUACCGAUUGGUUCUCGGUCCAGUCAAUCCAAUCAUGUUCUAAGAAUACUAGCCAUAUCAUCAAUUCAUGGACCAAAAUGAAUCUAAUUGCCAAGAUCAAGUACCAAACUGAACAAAAGAAAAAUACAGUUACAAAAGUAGACCAAAUUGCCUAGUUCAGGGGCCAAAAGUUAUAAUAUCCGUUUUAUUUACGUUUUAUGUUCCUACGUCCUAUCGAUAAUCCACGAAACUGAAACUGAUUGCUAAUGACAAUUUAGUCGUAGUAAUGCCUAAUAAAGUUGGUCACACGACCACUUUAAAGGUGGUUUGACCUACCAAAUCCAAAAGCAAAGUGAUAAAUUCCCCUAUUUAAGUGCAGGUCAGCCUACCGUUUUUUCCUAUAAUUAAUCUUUGUUGCUCAAAGGUGAGCCUACCUUAUUGAAGCUCAGAAAUGGUGCAGUUGGGAGAUUUGGUAUUUUAGCAACUCUUCUAACCCACUUAGCACUAUCAAUAUAUAGGAAAAAUAUUGCAUUCAAAGACAGAACGAAGAACUGACCUUUGGAGCUGUUUUGGGAUGGCAGAGAUGAAAGCCGAAGGACAUGCGAAGAAAAGGACAAUCAGGCUGCCACCCUCGGUCCCAUUCCUAUGGGAGGUGAGGCCUGGAAUAGCAAAGAAAGAUUGGAAACCAGAGGCUUCUGCGAUUAGUAGGGUGUUACCACCUCCAACUCCGAUCAAGUUUAUAGCCUCGAUUCCUUUUAAUUGGGAGGAAAAGCCAGGUACACCGUUACCUAGCUUUCUCCAGCCUGCAGUGGAACCGAUGGGUGUGCAACUGUCAGCAACGCUCAUAACUCCGCCUCCACCACCAGUGUACUCUCCAGCCUAUUUUAAUGGCUGCAACAGCAAUGAUGACCAAGGUGACGAUAUUGAAGCAUUUGGUUUUGAAACAGAUGAUUCCUUUAGCUCAGCUUCAUCGAUCUUGGAAAAUAGCAGCCUGGCAGCAUCAACGGUGGUUUCCACUAUUGUUCCAGAGCAGAAAACUUACCAGAUAGACAACGAUAGUGACCAUCCGGAAAUACCUUCCUCACCAGCUUCGGAAACUGAUAGUACAAGCAGCUAUGCAACUGGCGCUUCAAGCCUUGUAGGGGCUUCUUUCUUGGAAUGCCUUUUUCCACUGCUUCCACCUAAUGCUGGAUUCCUUGAAAAGGUCAGGUACCCUGACGAGGAGUCUCAAACAGCUCAAAACAAUUUCGAUCGUGAGAGUAAUAACACCGUAAUCAUAAGGAAGCCACCAACACUUGGAGAGUUGAUAAUGAUGAGCAGGAGGAGAAGUUAUCAAAGAAAAGCUGCUCAAAUAAGAGAGAAGAAUAUAUCUAUGGAAUUUCUGAAGGAAAGAAGAGCUCCGGGAUGCUGCAUCUUUGGAACUGGCAUCAAAAUUAUUGAAGGAUCGCAAUUGAAGAAGUUCGAAAAAAGACUGAAGUUCUUCUAGGACUGCUUCACCAUUCAUCAAGAAGCUUCAGAAAAUUAGGAUCUAUAUGAUUUUACAGGCCUGGAAUGUAAAAUGUUAUAAUUAAGCUGCAGUUACUUGAAGAAGUCAUCUGUGUCCGACUUAGAUAUUGUGCAUUACCCACAUCCUCUUGUUUAGCUAUAAAAGGAAUAUCUACGACAGUAAAAUCCUACUAGUGAUUGAUGCAAUUAACUUGAAUUUAAGAGA